AUGACGGAACGCGAGCAUAACGAAUGGCUGCAGUACGUGGCGCGGCGCACGACGACUCGUACCAACCCGCACGCGGCCGAGCAGGAAGACGAUUACGAUGAUAUUGAGCAAGACGAAGACGAUGUCGAUGCUGCCAUAGGCAACGCAGCAGCGGGUAGCGGGGCAACCACGGUGACGAAUGCUCCACCCGUGAGGCCGAAGCUGGGUGUGGUUAGGAACGGGAAAGGAAAGAAAGGCGCGCAAGGUGCCACGGGGCAGAAAGGGUUCAGCCAGCAGUCCGUGCGUCAGCCUGCCGGAAACGAUGACACUGCUUCAGGGCGAUGUCAACAGGCUGAGUGGGAGGGGAGCUCACAGGUUGGAGACAUGAAGCGCGCCCUGCUGGACUCAAACGAAGCCAUCAAGGCCCUCAAUGCCUUGGUGCAGAAGAGCCUGGACCUGCAGCAGGAGGUGCACGCCACGCUGGCGUCUCUGCAGGCCUCGGGGCUACCCACUGCCCCAGCUGUGCCGAACAAUGGGGGUGGCGGCGGUGCCUGCGGAGGAAGUGGUUCCGGCUCCAACGACACGGAGGAUGCAACACACGCCUCUGAGCUGAAGCGCGCGGUCGCAGCUAUCAUGGAGCCAGCGAGACUCUCGGGUCUCAGCAUGUGGCCAGACCUGAAGCUGGUGGUGAAGUGGAGCGCGGCAACAGGCGCUAUCAGGGAGAACCAGAAGGAGAGGCUGCUAUACUGCCUCAACCACUCGUCGGACCACAGCAACACCUGGUCGGCCGUUGCGGCUCGCAUGCGCGGUGGCAUCACCCGCGUGGGCAAGACUGUCCUCUUCCGCUUUUUGGGCACUCCGCGGCAUGUGGCAGAUAUGCCCAGAGAGGUGCCCUGGAGGGUGGUCACCUGUACGGUGUAUCGCAUUCCCCGCACGGCAUUCGAGGCGUACCCAAUUGCUGGGUACUCGAUGCCUUGGCACUUCAACGAGGACGGCCUGCCCUUCAGCACGGAUGCGUUUGAGAUCUUCAUCGCUGCGGCCUACUGGCGCCUCCUGCAGCGCAAGGUGCUGCGUAUCUACCCGUACACGCUGGCGUUCGCCUUGUAUGGGGCGGAGUACCCUGUUGUGCACCACGAUCGCAACAGGGCUGGACUCCCCACCAAGGACACCCCCAACAUCCACAACACGGAUCGCAUGCGUGCGAUCGUGGUCAACUGGAUGCGGGAUGCCAUCGUACGCACGUAUGGCACUCCCCAGGGGCCACGCUGGGACCCUGAGGAGGGGGCGUACCAGUUUAGCGCGGGCACCCACUUCCGUGUGCUCAUCGCUUUCCCCCCUCCCGCCGAGGUCAGGGCAUUGCCCACAGAGAUUGUCGGGCCUGAGAUGAGCGAUGCUGACGACGAGAUCCCUACUGCUCCUGCUGGGCCUGCACAGGCCUAA